CCGCCCUUUAAAUUUAGCCGAUUCACAGACUCGGUGCUACAUUUUCAUUUCAAAUCUCUCUCUCACACACAAACGCGCAAAAUCACGUUCUGUUUGGGAGGUUUCGUCUUCACUAAGCAAAGAUGAUAGCUACUCUCAAAGCUGAAGAGCAAAGCCAGUUACAGCUCGUCGAACGAGAAGAAAUCGACGAUGAAGAGGACUUGUUUGAAGCGAUCGACAAGCUGAUCUCCCAUGGAAUCAAUGCUGGAGACGUGAAGAAACUCCAAGAUGCUGGGAUCUUUUCCUGCAAUGGCUUGAUGAUGCACACAAAGAAGAACUUGACUGGGAUCAAAGGACUAUCUGACGCCAAAGUCGAUAAGAUAUGUGAAGCUGCCGAGAAGAUAGUUAAUUUUGGUUAUAUAACCGGAAGUGAUGCUCUGAUCAGAAGGAAGUCGGUGGUUCGCAUCACAACUGGAAGCCAAGCCCUUGAUGAACUCUUAGGCGGUGGGAUUGAAACUCUGGCUAUUACAGAAGCAUUUGGGGAAUUCCGGUCUGGUAAAACGCAGCUUGCACAUACACUCUGUGUGUCUACACAGCUUCCCACAAACAUGCGGGGAGGGAAUGGAAAAGUUGCUUACAUCGAUACUGAAGGAACUUUUCGACCUGAUCGCAUUGUACCAAUCGCUGAAAGAUUUGGCAUGGAUCCAGGUGCUGUCCUUGACAAUAUCAUCUACGCUCGUGCCUACACGUAUGAACAUCAGUAUAAUCUCCUGCUUGGGUUGGCUGCAAAAAUGUCUGAAGAACCAUUUAGACUUCUGAUUGUGGAUUCAGUGAUUGCUCUCUUUCGAGUGGAUUUCACAGGAAGAGGAGAGCUUGCAGACCGCCAGCAAAAAUUGGCACAGAUGCUGUCCAGAAUGAUAAAGAUUGCAGAGGAAUUUAAUGUUGCAGUUUAUAUGACUAAUCAAGUUAUAGCUGACCCAGGUGGAGGAGUGUUCAUAUCAGAUCCUAAGAAGCCAGCAGGAGGUCAUGUCCUGGCGCAUGCAGCCACAAUCAGGCUCAUGUUCAGGAAAGGCAAAGGUGAACAGCGUGUCUGUAAGGUCUUUGAUGCUCCAAAUCUGCCAGAGGCUGAAGCUGUGUUUCAGAUAACUCCAGGGGGCAUUGCGGAUGCAAAGGAUUAACUAGAGGAUCAGGUUGUGACAACGCAGCUUAGAAUUUUGUUUGAUAUGUAUUUGUAGUAUUGUAGAAAAGACAGAUAUUUCAUGUUUCUGCUUUCAUAGGUUUGGCAAAUAUUGUCACAUAAUACGAGAAACCUAUAUUUUAGUCCUUUCUA